CAUCUCUUAUCACAUGGUACCUAAAACGUAGAGAGAUCGACUACAGAUACAUUCAAGUAGAUAGAUACGUAGCGUACGGAACUUGGUUCCUUUGAUCAUGCAAAGCCUGGUUGGGGGCGAACCAGGGUAGGUGCUGCGUACAUCUAGUCUACCUGCAGUGUUGUUUGGGUCCAAUAUGCAAACCGAAGACAAUGAGACGCCGGAUACGCAUGUAACUUGGUACGUACGUGGAGUACGUACGUCUAGGCAUGGAGGGUAAAUUCCAACAAAUGAGAUUUAGGCAUAUACAUUUCCUGGCAUUGAUGAGGACCAACAGGGCAAAGUGAAAAGGGCUGAUCUCCCCCUUCCCCUCUGAUAUUCCACCUUGUUUCCUUUUCAUCCCUUCGCUACUCAGAACAGGUGCCGUAAUAAGAGUUGGAUGAGAGGCAAGAUUCGACGAGUGAAACAUUGGAGGUAAAAGUCAUUCGCUACUAAAACCGACCUGUACAAUAUCCAGCACUCCUCCAAGCACGUAUCAAUACCAACCUAUCGUCAACAUCGUCAACAUACACUGCCAAUCGUUAAGGGAUAUUUUGCCCACACAUUUACAACAUGCGAUUCACGCUCGCUUUUGUUUCUGCACUCCUGGGCACCGCUAUUGCGGCUCCUCAGGGUGUUACCAACAAGUUGACCCCUACCGGCGCUGCACCGGCUGGCUGCACCGGUACAUUUGACGGAAAGUUUGAGAUCAGCGUCGCAGAGGUGACCGAGAAGCGAGGUAUUUCCCAGCCUCAGAAGCGCGCCGAGUGCGGCAGCGAUGGUGUCCUUGUAUUGACGCUGAAGGAUGGUUCAACCUUCGAUGCCAAAGAUCGAACCGGUUACAUCGCGUCGAACUUCCAGUUUCAAUUCGAUGCCCCUGCCCAAGCUGGUGCUCUCUACACCAAUGGGUUCUCUCUUUGUGAGAAUAACAUCCUCGCGUUGGGAGACUCCAAGACCUUCUACCGAUGCCUAUCAGGCGACUUCUAUAAUCUCUACGAUCGUGACUGGGCCCCCCAAUGCUCGCCUGUUUCGAUAAUCGCCGUCCCGUGCGGUUCAGAUGACCCAGCCUCUCAGAUUCCCGAUGGUCAGGUUGUUGGCACCAGCGUUGUUCAGACUACUAUCGUCACCGCUUUGCCAGACGGCCAGCCGCAGGUUAUCACAACCUCAGUCCCUGUCCCAAUCUGCCAGAUCGGUGAUGGCCAAGUACAACAAGUGACAACGCCUUGCGCUUCGAUAACCUCUAGCCCAACCAGCACGUAUGUGCCCGUGAGCGAGUAUACGGAUGGUCAGGUUCAAGUCACGCCGCCGGGCAGCGCUCCGGCUCCACCGGCUACCCCGACAGCCACUCCCACACCUGGUUCACCUGCACCACCUGCUCCUUCGGUCCCCGUCUCAUCGGCAUCUGCGCCCUCGGCACCUGCGCCCUCAGUUCCGGCGCCCAGCAGUAGCAGCGGUAGUACACCAAGCACCUCCGUAAGCGAGAGUGUCAGUUCCAGCGCCAGUGUUAGCCUUCCGGCUAGCUCAUCGUCGCCGAGCCCCAGUGCCCCAAGCGAGACUACGGCACCGCCCCAGAGCGGAUCUUCUCGCGUCUCGGUCGGAUCUAUCGGUGCCCUGGUCUUCACUGCCAUGGUCGCCUGUUUCUACCUGUAACUACAACCGGUACACCUGUCUGAUACAUUCAUCAAACAGGACAACAUAGCAAUAUGAAUUGUAAAGUGACUGGGAUUGCUUUAGCACGGAAAGCCGAUAGAGGUCGGAAGUAAUGUAUGCCCCAUCGUGAGAUGGCAGGAUAGUUAAUGUGAGACGAGGGAAAUGAGGAGUAAUACAAGGAAAAGUAACAUAGCAGUCAGGACAUAAUACAAAAAGCCCAUGGCAUAUUAAUAUCAGAUCGUCCCCUUUAAGUGUCUUUGUAUCGACGUACUGGCUGCAUCUUACCUCUCCCAAAAAAGAACUAUUUACCUAUCUAAAAGGCGUAAAUAGUUUCAGGGUUAUAGAAGCAGAUCGGUGGAUGGUAUGGUAAAACGACAAACACCCGUAUCUGUAAAUUAUUCUGCGACAUAGCAUGUUAAUUGACAGUUGAAGAAUUCUACUAGGAAACAAUAAUGAUGUUUGAUAGAAAUGCU